UUCUCUCGGCAUUCUCCGGCGCAUCCCAGACUUCAUGAAACCCAAACAGCCGAGCAGCAGCCUGCAGACCUCUUCUGGAUCAGCUCUCCUGGUUUCUGGACUUCUCUCUCUCUAUUGAAGGAUUAUCUUUCACCUCAGCUGUCCCUCUUCUCUCUGGACCGGGUGCGGUGUCGGUCGGCUCGCGCUCUCUCCCCCCGCAGCCACUCGUUUAAAUUCGGCUCUAGUCGUUUUGCCGGAAGAAUGGACGAAGCGGACUCGGCCACGAAGGCGCUCGGGCUGGUUGAACCGCCCCUCGGCAUGCAGCCGGUGGAGGACUCGGAUACCGAAUCGGAGGCCGAAGUUACCACGAUGGCCGUGAUGGCCGAACCGGGAAACAUCGACAUGGGAGCCGAGUCCCUGCCGAACCCGGACGAGGCCGAGGCGGCUUUCGCAGAGGUGACAUCUGUGACGGUGGGAGAUGUUCAUUCAGCGGAUGACAACGCCUAUACCACAACUGUUGCGACAUCAGGAAGCCUCCCUGAGCACAUGCUGAGUGGGAGGACCACCCUCCAGCUGAGUGAAGGUCUCGGUACCCAGAAAGCGACUCUGAUCGUGGUCCACACCGACGGCAGCAUCGUGGAAGCUGCUGGCCUCAAGUCUGCUGCUGCCAUCGCGUCAGGCUCACAGACUCCGCCCACCCCGCUGACUCCACCCCAGGACAAAGACUCCUGCUCCAAAUACAACUGGGACCCCUCGGUCUACAACAACGAGCUGCCGGUCCGCUGCAGGAACACUAGCGGAGUCCUCUUCAAGACCCGACUGGGCUCAGGGGGAAAAGGUCGCUGCAUCAGACACAACCAGCAGUGGUACACUCCCACUGAGUUCGAAGGUGUGGCAGGAAGAGCGAGCAGCAAAGACUGGAAGAGGAGCAUCAGAUACGCAGGGAGACCUCUGCUCUGCCUCAUCCAGGAGCGUAUUCUCAACCCCCACGCUGCUUCCUGUACCUGUGCAGCCUGCUGCGAUGACCUGACAGCGACACAGAGUGAAUCAAGACCUCCAAGUUCAUGGUGUUUGAAGGAUGGAGACACUCUGGUGACAGAAAGCAUCAGUAUGACUGGUCCAGUUCGCCUCUUCGUCCCGUAUAAGAGGCGGAAGAAGGAUAACGGGCCUCUAAUCACCCCACCUAAGAAGGAGCUUCCAACCACCAAAAACAUCACCCUGACGCCGGGGACCACAUUCACCGUGUCCCCGUCAGGACAGUUCACCACCUCCGGCACCUUGACCUUCGACCGAGCUCCUGCGAGCGACGCUGCUGCUGCUGCCGCCGCCGCUGCCGCCAUCAUCUCAGAGGGAUCACCGCCGAGCGAGGUGUUCGCCAGCACAGCAGUGUUGACCGCGUUGCCGGCGCUGGCUGUGGCGCCUCAGCCCAUUCAGGCCAAGAUGACGGUGACGGCUUCAUCAGCGGCGUCUCCGUCAGGGGGGUUGGUGAGCGGGCUGGAGGUGGGGCCCGUCAUGGGGGCGGGGCCGACAGCAAUCAGCGAGGGGCAGAAAAACACCUGGCUGUACCUGGAGGAGCUGUCCAACACGCUGCUGAGCAACGUACAGCAGCUGAAGGCGCUGAUCGAGCAGGCCAAGAACUCGGGGGAUAUGACGGGGGUCAAAGGUCAGGGAGGCAGGAAGGAGUGGGGUUCAAACGUGUGUUCACAGGUCGGUCUCAGUCAGACGUUUCAGAACCAGAUCACGUUCCAGCAGCCGGACGACUCAGAGUCCAAAAGAGGAGCUGACAUCACAGAGAUCAUCAUCAAUCAGAUGUGUGUGAACUGCGGCCGGGUGGCGAUGAACGAGUGCACCGGCUGUCACAAGGUCAACUACUGCUCCGCCUUCUGUCAGAGGAAGGACUGGAAGGACCAUCAGCACACCUGCUGUCAGUCAGCAGGGGGCGUCUGUGUUCAGGAGGAGGAGCCAAUCACAACCAUGGACAUGGACAAAGUGAAGUGAAAGCGCGGCGUGCUCCAUCUCCAUCUUCAGUGUUUGAAAACCCGAAACAGUGUUUUAAGACAGAAGUCCCAUGAAAUGAAAAUGAUUCCUGACACACUUCAAAUCUUUCUUCUGGAGCUUUUAUUGUGAAAGUCUCCCCCGAGAUCUCAGAUCUCCUAAAAGAUGCACUUUUAUAUUUAAGUCUACGGUGACUUAAUAUUUUAGAGACAGUUUGGGCGUUUCCCCAUCGAUUUCAUGACUAAAGCAGCUCCUAGUGGACAUUAGAGGAACUGCAGCUCACCAUAUGGAAUAAAGAGGGUGAGGGAAGAAGAGGGGGAAGAGGAUUGGAGCAGCCACCAAGUAUUAUUAUUGAUCACUGAUGAUAUGUCUGCUUGGUAUCACCUCAAUAAAUGUAUAUAAUUUUCUAUGACCAU